AUCUUCACAAUAGACCAUCUUUGUAUUCGGUCAGCUGAUCUAUAAACGACUUAUAAAACAUCAGAAACUAGCCUACAGACACAGAGGUGUACAUUUCAAAGCAGAUACAGAGAACCGUGUUGUCAACCUCAUAACUUGAUGUAACCGAAUGUAGUUAACCAAUGGAGCCUGCUACAACACACACAGCUCCGAUACAGGCCGAUUGCGAAACAGAGCCAAGUUCUGUGACUUCAGUCUGGAGCUGGUGGCCUUCCUGGCGUCCAACCUCCAUGUCCCUUUUAAAAACUACAGAGUCCAAGAUUCUUGCUUGUAUUCAGAAUGACCUAUGGGCUCGGUUUGUGACCCUGCCAAACCAGGAUCGAAUAUGGACUCUGACCCUCACCAACAAGGCAGUGCGCAAACCUGCAGAACAGGCCCACAAGACUCCCCUGGUGAUGGUCCACGGUUUUGGAGGAGGGGUGGGCCUGUGGAUCAGGAACAUGGACACGCUGAGUCGGUCACGGCCUGUUUACGCCUUUGACCUCCUGGGCUUUGGUAGGAGCUCCAGGCCUACCUUCCCCUCAGAUGCUGCCAAGGCAGAGGAACAGUUUGUUGACUCUAUUGAGCAGUGGAGACAGUCUGUAGGCCUGGAGAACAUGAUUCUGCUGGGGCACAGUCUGGGGGGUUACCUGGCUACCUCCUAUGCUAUCCAGUACCCUUCUAGAGUGUCACAUCUUAUCCUGGUGGACCCCUGGGGUUUCCCUGAGCGACCCGAGACACAAACCCAAGAGGGUCAAGGACAGGGGACAGAAGUGGGGAAGAGGCCACCCCUUCCACGCUGGGUAAAAGCUAUUGCAGCAGUGGUUUCCCUUUUCAACCCACUGGCUGUCAUUAGAGCAGCAGGCCCAUGGGGUCCGGGCUUGGUGAACAGGUUCCGUCCUGAUUUCAAAAGGAAAUUUGAAGAUCUGUUUGAGGAUGACACUAUGACGCAGUACAUUUACCACUGUAACGCACAAACCCCAAGUGGUGAGGUGGGUUUCCGGGCCAUGUCAGAGUCUCUGGGCUGGGCCAAGAGGCCCAUGCUUCAGCGGGUUCACCAGCUGCCCCCCUCUAUGCCCCUCACCAUGCUGUAUGGAGCACAAUCCUGGGUGGGCAGCUCGUCUGGGGACAAAGUGGCUCAGAUUAGGGACCAGGCCCACACCAAAGUGCUGCUGAUAGAUGAUGCUUCUCACCAUGUGUAUGCUGAUCAACCAGAGGAGUUCAACAGAGUGGUAGAAAAUGUAUGUAACUCUGUUAACUGAUGUGUGUGUGUGUGUGUGUGUGUGUGUGUGUGUGUGUGUGUGUGUGUGUGUGUGUGUGUGUGUGUGUGUGUGUGUGUGUGUGUGUGUGUGUGUGUGUGUGUGUGUGUGUGUGUGUGUGUGUGUGUGUGUGAAAGGGCUGUCAAUUCAUGGCGCUUUUAGAGCUGUAACCUUUGCCUGUGGAUCAUGCUGGAUGGUUUUGUGUUGGGGCGUAUCAAGACAUGUUGUAGCUCAACAUGAGUUUGAAUGUUAUUUUGUUCUAAAUCCUGUUGUCAUAGUAACAGGUUAUUGAUAUUAUUGUAGUAAAGUUCUCUAGUCAUUUGUAAGCUGAUAUGUUUGUUUUUUCAAUUUAGGAUUGUUACUAAAUGAUUUAUUUAUAACAUGAUUGUAUUUGUCAUACAGAGUAAUCAUUGAUCUUCUUAAUUCAGUGCUAAAUUAUGUUGCCAAUUGUUAUAAGUGACUAAGUGAGACACGCACAC